AAGAAAAUAGCGCAGAGUACUGAGUGGGGACAUAAAGUGAAGGGUGGCAGAGAGACUCCAUGACCACGUCAGUAUUUCCCACGUGCCAGCUCCUCCACACAUGCCGCCCUAGGCCUCACUUACUCCAUCGCACGCCUGGUUCGACGACCAGCAACAGGAGGCAGUUGACACUUGCGGUAACCGCGACGACACGGGCGAUGGAAGCGGAGCGGAAGAACGAUGGGGCGCUUAAGAAGGGCAUAGCGGAGUUCUACGACGAGUCUUCCGGGAUGUGGGAGGACAUCUGGGGCGACCACAUGCACCACGGCUUCUACGACCCGGAUUCCACGGUUUCGGUCUCGGAUCAUCGGGCCGCCCAAAUCCGCAUGAUCGAUGAGGCGCUCCGAUUCGCCGGGCUUUCGGAGGAUCCUACAAAAGGGCCUAAAAGCGUAGUUGAUGUUGGGUGUGGGAUAGGCGGUAGCUCCAGAUACUUGGCAAGAAAAUAUGAGGCCAAAUGCCAAGGUAUCACCCUUAGUCCUGUCCAGGCCCAAAGAGCUAAUGCUCUUGCUGCUGCCCAAGGACUAGCCGACAAGGCUUCCUUUCAAGUUGCAGACGCUUUGGAACAACCAUUUCCUGAUGGACAAUUUGAUCUGGUGUGGUCCAUGGAGAGCGGUGAACACAUGCCUGACAAAGCAAAGUUUGUUAAUGAGUUGGUUCGGGUUGCAGCCCCAGGAGCAACUAUAAUAAUAGUAACAUGGUGCCAUAGGGAUCUCGCUCCUUCUGAGGAAGCUUUGCAGCCGUGGGAGAAAGAGCUUCUGAACAAGAUAUGCAAAUCUUAUUAUCUUCCAGCAUGGUGUUCAACUGUUGAUUAUGUCAAAUUACUGGAGUCUCUUUCUCUCCAGGAUAUUAAGACAGCAGAUUGGUCGCCGUAUGUCGCCCCAUUUUGGCCAGCAGUGAUACGUUCAGCAUUGACAUGGAAGGACAUGACAUCGCUGUUGCGAAGUGUGGUGGAGCUGGCAGGUGGAGGGGUGGGGGUGUGGGAGUGGAACAGGGAUGAGGGUCACCUUUACAGUUUCACAGUGGCAGGAGCUGGAGCACCAGGCUUUGAUCUUCAAGUAUCUGGUCGCUGGUUGCCUGUGCCACUGAUCUUGUGCUCCCCAUUCAGAAAGCUUUGA